AUGAACGAUAAGGAUGACAGUGCUUGGGUGUUCGAUUCUCUGAUUGGAUUCUUGCAAGGUCCCAUUUGGUCUGCGCCCUUAUUGACCUUUAUCGAAGAGAAGUCCCUUGUUUUCGAGGCCAAUACUGAAGAUUGCGAGGAAUAUCGAAAAAUAUAUCAGGAGUAUAAAAAUUUAGUCGACUUGUUGUUGGGAUGCUUCAUGGAAGACAUGGGUAUCACACCGGAGCAAUUCGAACAUGCAUGCUCAGUUAAUCGAGAUACCAAGAUUCCCAUACAAUUCCAACAAAAUCUAUUUGAACAAAUAUGGGCGGCGAACGAGUACGAGAUAUUCAAACGGAUGAUGAUACAAAAGAAUCUGGAGCUUCAAUUGCAGGCGCUGAAUAUGAUCGAGCAGAGAUUUGGUCUCACACCUGCAUCCCUUAUGUACGAGGAUGGUUUUAUCGAUGACGAGUUGGUCAUGGAGGAUCUGUUACACAAACACGCUUUGGAAGAUCAGAACGAGGGAGAGUCGGAUAUACCGUCCGGAACAACAAUUAUUGCCGAACACGAGCGUCUAGCUGCCGAGUAUCACAAUGAGCGGGCAUUGUUGGAGGAAGCGUUAAAAAAGUCGCAAGAGACCUCCAGGAAUGCCUCGGACGAUGAAUCGACGGAGGAGGUCGAGUGCGCCAGCAUGCCUGAGAAGGCUGAGAAAGAAUCAUCGGAGAAAUUUCCUCGACUUAAGAUGGCCAAACCUCUCAAGCCAAUACCAGUUUCGAAAAAACCAAUCCUGGAUUCCAAAAAGGAAUCCAAUAAAGAUGAAGAUAAGGAUGAAGAGAUGAACAUGGAAGACAUCAGAAAGAGGCAAGAGUACUUGAAGGCUAGGCGAGAUAAACUCGUGGCUUUGAAAAAGGAAGCCAGGAGUCAGAAACUGGAAAUGAAUAAAACUCGGCCGAGUUCGGCUAGAGUGGUUGCCGAGGCGACUAUGAAGGGACAGCAGGAACUAGAAGCAGCGCAAGCCGUAGAUCCUUCACUACUUCAAGUGCGAAGAGCUCUCGCGGCCCGACUAAAGGCCGAAGUUGUGCAUAAGUAAACGUACUUCCGCGUGGUAUUGCUUCUUCUCGUAAUAUUAACUGUAACACUCGAAAUUACAGUUCUAAAUGCUUCACAUAAAAGAUUAAUUGCUGAUUAGAAUAUUUAGAAACGGAAUAAUACGUGCAGUCGAAAAAUAUAUUCGAAUGAUACAUGUCGAAUUUAAUUUUCUGAAGAGCGUAACGCGCGAGAAAUUGAGAAAUAUAAGCUACUUUUAUACAUUUACAUCUACUCGUUUGAACGUUUUAAUAUUCAGAACAUUCUUAUUUUUAAAUAACACUUCAUAAAGCAUAAAGAAUAAAAAAGAAGUAUAUAUCCAUUCACAUGCUAUCAUUUCUCAUAAUUCAAGGUUUAAUUUAACGAAGCUAUAUACGUUUAAUAAAAAAAUACGUGUUUUUGAAAACAUCUUUUCUUACUAUAGUAUCCUUGCGUAAUAAUGUAGGUUUGAUAAAUGUACAAUAUUCAAUAUUAAACAUUUAACAU